GGCGGGCGGGGACCUCGGCGGGACACCCCGGCCCGGAGCCCGCGGGCAGCCACCGCAGCCGCCGCCACCACGGGGUGCGGGAUGAGCCUCACCCGGAAGAGGGGCUUCUACAAGCAGGACAUCAACAAGACGGCCUGGGAGCUCCCCAAGACCUACCUGGCGCCCGCGCACGUCGGCAGCGGGGCCUAUGGCGCGGUGUGCUCGGCCACUGACAAGCGGACGGGGGAGAAGGUGGCCAUCAAGAAGCUGAGCCGGCCCUUCCAGUCGGAGAUCUUCGCCAAGCGAGCCUACCGCGAGCUCCUGCUGCUGAAGCACAUGCACCAUGAGAACGUCAUCGGGCUCCUGGACGUCUUCACCCCGGCCUCUUCCCUGCGGAACUUCCAUGAUUUCUACCUGGUGAUGCCCUUCAUGCAGACAGACCUGCAGAAGCUCAUGGGGAUGGAGUUCAGUGAGGACAAGGUCCAGUGCCUGGUAUACCAGAUGCUUAAAGGUCUAAAGUACAUCCACUCUGCCGGUGUUGUCCACAGGGACCUGAAGCCUGGCAACCUGGCGGUGAACGAAGACUGUGAGCUGAAGAUCCUGGACUUCGGGCUGGCGCGGCAUGCGGACCCCGAGAUGACUGGCUACGUGGUGACCCGCUGGUACAGGGCCCCCGAGGUGAUUCUCAGCUGGAUGCAUUACAACCAGACAGUGGACAUCUGGUCCGUUGGCUGCAUCAUGGCGGAGAUGCUGACCGGAAAGACUCUGUUCAAGGGGAAGGACUACCUGGACCAGCUGACCCAGAUUCUGAAGGUGACCGGGGUGCCGGGUGCUGAGUUUGUGCAGAAGCUGAAAGACAAGGCGGCCAAAUCCUACAUCCAGUCUCUGCCCCAGAGCCCCAAGAAGGAUUUCACCCAGCUCUUCCCACGUGCCAGCCCCCAAGCUGCAGACCUGCUGGACAGGAUGCUGGAGCUGGACGUGGACAAGCGCCUGACCGCUGCCCAGGCGCUCGCUCACCCCUUCUUUGAGCCCUUCCGGGACCCCGAGGAGGAGACGGAGGCCCAGCAGCCGCUUGAUGAUUCCUUAGAACAUGAGAAGCUCACUGUGGACGAGUGGAAACAACACAUCUACAAGGAGAUCCAGAACUUCAGCCCCAUAGCCCGGAAGGACUCUCGCCGAAGAAGCGGCAUGAAGCUGCAGUGACCGUCCGGCCCGACCUCGGCGGGGCCCGGGAGGCCGUGACAGGACCACACUCUACCUCGGGACCAACACAUCACCACUUACGUCUCGGGAUUACGGGAACGUAGCCUUCUGAGCUGAGAGAACUCUCUUCUAGUGGCCUAGGGAUCAGGCCCUGAGGGUGCAGAAUUCCAACCUGCUGUUGGGGGGCUGGGAGGGGAGCUGUGAUAACAGCAGGCUGUAUUAAAACCAAAGUGUGGGCCAUU